GCGUUCCGUAGCGUUAAGUUUAUGUCAGUAGGCGAGUAAAUCGGUAACUUUUAUUGCCCUUGCCUCGUCAUUAACUAGCAUUCGGCCCAAAAUAACCGGAGGACUUACUGUAACGACGAUGAUCCGGUGGUGUCUCGUUUUCAUACAGUAUGUAGCUCUGUGUGGAGCUUUCACCACUUCACAGCCCGCUAAUACAUGGGGUGGCGGAGGAAUAGAUCCAUUUUUCGGGGCCUCAUGGUGGAACCAACCAAACGCGGGUAACAUGUUUCAAACGGCGACACAAAUGCCGGAAAACAUUUUUGUGGCUCCCGUUAACGUGCCGGCUAUCGAGCCACUUGUACCUGCUGAAACCCCGGCACCCGAACCACCAACAUACGAAACGGCUACACCUAUAAAAGUGACUAAACCCGUCAUAAACACCGUGCCGACAGAAUCAUCCAUUUCAUUACAAGAUCUCCUCAGACUUGCUGUUGGAGGAUUAGCUCAACAGGCCAAAGGCGCUACAGAUGUUAUAUCUAGCAUGUUUUCAGGAAGUACGGGUUCUGCGGAUCCAAAACCAAAGGUACCUGAUACAGUACCAUCUGGUAGUGCUGUAGGUACGCAAAAAUUCGUUACUACGGCUCCACCAGCAAAUAUUCCAAAAGAACAGAUCAAAGAAGUUCCAACAACAAAGUCAAGCACAACAACAACUACUUCUACAACUUCUACUACAACAACAACAACAACACCAAGACCGACAACCACUACCACUACGACAACAGCAAGACCAACAACAACAACAACCAAGGCUCCUGUGGUCUUGAAAACAGACAAGCCAUUGACACAAAUGACGCUUGGUGAAAUACUGAGGCUACAAUCAAAACUGUACCCGGAAACAAAACAACCUAUUGAAAAGAAAAGCGGCAGACCGCGUGGUUGUCAUUUCAAAGGUAAAUUCUAUGAGCCUCUUUCUGAAAUUGAGAAAGGACAAACCGGAAAUUGGUGUUAUGGCACGUAUUGCAAUCACGAAGGAACUGUGGUACAUUGGGACGAUCAUAAAUGUACAACAACACAGACUACACCUCCUCCAACACAACCAACCGUGCCAACAGCCCCCGUUACUCAACCAAUGAUUACCAAUCCAGCACAAACGGGCGGAAUGGCUAGUUUUAUGAAUAUGGCAGGUAUGUCCGGAAUGAGUGGAGUAGGCAACAUGGCUGGAAUGAGUGAUAUGGCGCGUAUCGCUGCAAUGAUGGCCGGAAAUGCUGGAUCAAACUCGGGCAGUGGAACUGGUACCAGUGGAACGGGUAACUCAGGAAUGGGAUGUUUCCACAAUGGGCAGUGGUAUCGUCCUGGUGCAGAUAUUGAAAACUUAAGAGACUAUGGACGUUGUCAUGGAAGUUAUUGUAGUUUCAAUUC